UGGAUGCCAUCGGGGAAACCAUCUUUGAGUUGAUCUUUAGGGGAUCCUGUCACUUCAUUGACAUGCUCUCUACCUUUGAGGUCGACCUUGCCUAGCCCAACUGAACAUCUGGCUCGCCCAAAUGAGCGGUGUCUAUCAAUUAUCCAAUGGCUUUCGUCGGUAACUACGCUCUCUCGAGCACCCCCUCCAGCUCGGCUUGCCCAGCCUGCCUGAAUUCCAUGGUGUCGAUCUGAUAUCGGCCGGAGCAACCACAAGGCCACUGAGCCACAUACUCACUGCUGUUGUCUCUGCUGUUUCCUUGCAAGCCUCAAGUUUUUUCAUAAAAUAUGGGGGCCGCGGCGUACGAAGGCAAUUUUGGGGGCCAUGUCUUGGCUAUCGAAGAGGAGGCAAAGAAGGUGCUAUAUCUAGCCAUCUUUCCUCUUCACUUUCGGAAGCAUCCCUUCCUGGCUCUCUGCCAUGUUCCCAUGUCCGGUCUCCAAAUGCUGUCAUCAGCCCGCCUUGAUAUUGGGAUUACAUCUCACAAGAAUGCGUUGGAGCCUCGCCCAGCACCCUGCACCUAUUCCACAUGGCAACCCUCCGCAAAGUCUCUCUGCACGGGUAACAAACCGCGUAUUAACACCUACAAGGCGCCCUUUUCCUCUCAGCUCCCUUCCAUCCACAUGUCGAUAUCGGACCUGCAAGAUGUAGGCCUCUAG